CCUCCAUUCAGGUGUGUGCUGGGCCGCGCUGAGCGCUCGCCCUCUUCUCUCGGGUCUCAGGGACGUUCUGUACCUUUCUCUCAACCUGCAGUCCCCUUACCCCCCUCGGCAGCACAGCCUGGGUCGUGAGGCAGCCAGUACCCGGAUGACUUGUAGAUUUCACACCGGAAAUGAACUCCUUACCACACGAGAUCGAGCGAGCCCGCUACUCGGCCGACAUACGGAGUUUGGCGAGUGUUUGUUUUCAAGAUAAGCGCUGUAGUGCAGCGGUUACUCGUGAUGUCGCACCGUUGUAAAAUGCUCAUUUCUCUAAGUCGCCGACUAUCGGAACAUAGGGAGGCCAACUGACACAGGGAGAAGACGUGGAAUUACUAACUCAAUGUGGGAGUGAGCUAGGCAUGCGACGUCAGGCCUACGGGAUCGGUGUCGGGACGUCUAGCAGACUCCUGCUGUGUCUGAUUGUGGUGGUCACUCUCUUGUGCACCCCGGGACCCACUAGGGCCAUCAACUGUAGGAUAUGUCACCCAGACCUGUGCCCGCCCGUCCCUCGGGACCAGUGCCACGCGGGGGUCGUUACUGAUAUUUGCGGGUGCUGCCAGGAGUGUGCUCGGGCCCUCAACGAAACUUGUGGGGGCAAGUAUGGUAUUUUCGGCAAAUGUGGCCCCGGACUAAAGUGUUUUAUAUCCCCCGCUGUGGGCCAGGCUAUAUCAGGACAGGAGGAUGGUAUUUGUAGAGCAUUUGGCCCUGACAACUGCACCAGCGAAGACUGUGAGGCCAUUGGGGAUGUAACUCUGCAGUGUCCAUUUGAUUCGGAUCUUAUUGUCAACUCUACCGGUGCCACGACGCGGUCGUUGUGUGUGUGUAAUCAUUCUUACUGUACUGUGCCAGUAUGUGCUGCUGGAUUUGAAAGUGUGCUUCUCAACCCUGCGGAUUUACGGCCCGGAUCCUGUUGUGAUGAAUUCGUGUGCAAGAGAACAGCACCUUGUCGGUCAGUUAUCUGCCCACCAGCUGAAGACAAGACAUGUCCGCAGGACAGCUACGAACUGCCCAAUCAGCUGACCGAUGAUGGAUGCUGCUACAUCAAGAAAAGAUGCAAGUGUAAGGGGAUGGAGUCCUGUCCAUCGGUGCAGUGUCCAGAGGGCUCGCAGCUACAGAUCAUCUCCAAGGCGACGGACAUGCCCGGCUCAUGCUGUGAUAAAUUCCACUGUGUUAAUGACACAGGCCACACCUGUAGGUACGAGGGUCGGACGUUUCAUGACGGCGAGAGCUGGCAGCUGGAGAAGUGCACGAUGUGCGAGUGUCGUGACGGGCUGACGUUCUGCAAGACGAAGACUUGCAACGCGCCGCUGUGUGGCUGGAUGGUAAUCCCCGAGGGAGAGUGCUGCCCUGUGUGUAAAGGCUGUGUGUCGGACUCUGGCAGCCUUUACAACAACUCGGAUGUCUGGAAGGAGAACCCAUGUGUGACCUGUCAGUGUGAUGCUGGCCAGGUGCUGUGUCAGGCUGAGAUGUGUGCUGUCAGGUGUUCCAAGCCUCGACAGGUGCCCGGACAGUGUUGUCCUGUGUGUGAUGACAUUCCUGAAGUGGACACCCCACGACUCUGUCCCGAUUCGCGGAACUGCAGUCUCACCUGCCACAACGGCCUGAAGAAGACGGACGAGGACUGCUUCUUGUGCAAGUGUAAGAAAGAAGUGUGUAAGCUGGACUGUAAGUUUGGCUUCACCACCAACACCAACGGGACCAAGAACUGUGAGUGCGCCCAGCCCCAGGAUCACUGUCCCAGUCUCGCCAGCUGUGAGAAGCAGUGCACAUAUGGAUUUAAGAAGUCAAGAAAUGGCUGCCUCAAAUGUCGCUGCAACAAGUGUCCGCCCUUCAACUGUACCAAGAGGUGUUUGUACGGCUACAACCUCAAUGACCAAGGCUGCCAGCUCUGCAAAUGCAAAGAAGCCUUGAUGAUACCAAAUACACCAUCUAUCGAUUUCAUGCCUGACCCUUCCAUGUUUGGUGGCGACAAGUCGUGCAUGUCCUUGAGUGGCCACCGUCAUGAGGACGGAGAGUCGUGGCAUGAUGGCUGCCGUAUGUGCUACUGUCACAAUGGCCAUGAGAUGUGCUCUCUGAUCGCUUGUCCCGUGCCACGCUGUGAUAACCCCGUGUUUCGGCUGGGAGAUUGUUGCCCAUCAUGCCCAGGUGUACUGGGCAUCCCGUCGGAGAACGGCAGCAAGCAGUCGUGUCAGUCCACCAAUGGCCAGCACCUGGUGGAGGGGGAGACCUGGAGGAUGGACGACUGCACCCAGUGCAUCUGUCACGACGGCUCCAUCCUGUGUGAGAGCGCCACCUGUCCCGCCAUCCUGUGCUACCACCCCGUCAAGUCCGAGGACGAGUGCUGCGCCCACUGUGCAGCCUCCGACCACCUCCCCACAGUUCACGUGUCAUCCCGGCCCUGCAAGUCUGACUCGGGGGUGCUGUACAAGCAGGGGGAGGUGUGGAAGACCAGCCCCUGCCAGAGCUGCACAUGCAGGAACGGCCAGGUGCACUGCUACUCCCAGAUGUGUCCCCCCCUCAACUGUAACAAGACAGUCCUCAGGAAGGGCCAGUGCUGCCCGAGCUGCCUUGAGGUGAGUCUACCAGGCAUCUGCACCAAGGAUGACAUCACCUACAGUACUGGAGAGAGAUGGCAGUCCGACAACUGCACUGAGUGUGUGUGUGAAAACGGUAAAAUCCUGUGCAUCCCGAUCCCCUGCCCUCGACUGACAUGUACAGUGAUGAUAAGGAAGCCAACCCAGUGCUGCCCCUCAUGUCUUGAUGCCUCCAUUACCACAAGUCUCCUGGAGCGACACUUCCCCCGCACCACAUCUGACCACCACAACAGGAGGUACACCACACAAGGCCCGACAGAGGACUUCAAAGCAAAGGAUAACUACAUGAUCGGGAUUGUUCUGUUGGGCGUGCUACUGUCCAUUGCUCUGAUCGCCGUGCUGGUUCUGGUGCUGGUCAUCCUACGGCGGCGCCACACUGGGAUGUUCAAGAUGACCGACAGUCCUGUCGUCACCAAGAUCAGACCCAAGUCCACCAAUCUGGAGCUCCAGGGAGUCAACCCCUUCUUGCUGGACUCCCCUAGCAAGCAGAUCAACUGUGAGCGAAAACAGAAACUGGAGAAGCACCUUGCAUCCUUGGGACCAGCUGUAAUAGCCAACGAAAAGAGCAAACUGGACUUGUCACCCAAUCACCAGUAUCAGCUCAUUAACACUAACCCAGACUUUGAGCCUAAGAAGGAUCCACCACUUACAAAUGGGAACUGUGUGUCUAACAAGACAUUUGACCAGGCAUAGAGUGUAAAAAUGGGAGCAUUUGGACUGGAAGAAUUCAGAUGGAAGAGAAAUGGUCUGAGGUGAUUUUUGGUGCAGAUAUGUUGGUGAUUAUCAUCACCGUCAUCGGAUGGUGACGUGACUGCCGUCUUUGGUGCAGGGUGACAUCCUUUGUGACAAAGCUGGGUUGUGAUGACUCUAAUUGACGAUCCUUUCGUAGUUUGCUAAGCAAGCUACCAACCACAUGGUCUGUGUGUUUGACUGCAUAGCAGGCAUUUUGUGUAUAUUAGCAACAUGCACAGACCGGACAGUGGGUGCCACCUUGAUCACUUUCUGAAAGCCGUUCUGUAUAUCCACAGCAUCCACCAAACAAACAGCCUUGCUUCAGGGAUCAACGUAAAGCUCUUCUUGAAAAGGCCACUGUUCACAACAAACAGAAAACCACAAGAUCCUCUAUGUUUCUUGGGAGAUCAGAAGGUUCUCAAGUCAAGAAAACUGUUCCAUGGUGAACACAAAACCAGAUCAUGAGCCCUGAUUAUGAAGGUCAAUGUUCAAGGACAAACAGAAAAACCCUGAUUCAGCCUUGAUUCCUCCAUAUGAAAACAGCAGCUUAUCCAGACAUGGGCACUGUAAACAUUCAAUAUUAACCUAAACUAUCAGCCUUGAUUUUUGGAAUAAGGCACAACUUAUUUUUAAUAAUUGCCAAUCAAGGUUACUGUUCACAACAAAAGGAGGCUAAGUUCCCAGGUCUGCUUCAUGGAGUAAUGAGUUCUCUAGCAAAGGUCACUGUUCACAAUAAGCAGAAAACAUGUCCCCAUGAAGCAGGAAGCCUCUUCAGCAGCUUUGCUUGGAUGGAGCCUUCAGAAGUACCCGAGAAGGGUGCCUCAUUAUUUCAACACCUUUUCACCGUGCAGUUUCUGUUUCCUGCUAAAACGCUACCACAGCUGGCAAGGCCUCUGAGAAGCAAGCUGGUUCUUGGUGGAUGCUGGAAUACGACGGAUUGACUACAUAGCUAUGUACAUGACUGAUUUGGUGCAAAGAGAGAAUGUGAGAGUGUGUGAGAAUGAGAUGAUGAACAUGUGAAUGCUGAGUGAGUGAGUGCGUGAGUGAGAAUGACACAUGAUGGAGUACAAUACCAGCCACAUUACAGCGGAUCUGACUGCGUGCAAUCAAACUUGGGAGAAUAUUAUACUUUAAACAUUUGCCAUCAUGUGAGGCAAAUUUUAACCACCAUAUUAAGUCCAUGACGUUUACAUUAUUGUUGUUGAUUACUUACAAAACAAAUCCUCUAUUGUAUGAUCCUCUGUUGUAUGGACCUCUGUUGUAUGAGCCUCCAUGUGGGUGGUGUUGAUCGAGGUGCCGCAGGUGAGAUGUGUGUGUGAGACCUCAUUGAGGUCAGGUGACAUCUAUUCCUGUGACUCUGUUGCUGUUAUUGUGAAAUGUAAUCACAAGAUGUAAGGUUAUUUGUGUAAGGUUAUAUUUAUUACUCAGUGAGCAUCUAUGAGAACUGCUAUAGGAUGUCCACAUCAAGUACUGGCGACCUCUGAACUUGCUAAGGUACACUCCAGCGACACAGGUAUUUCCAAGAUGGAAAAAUAAUUGAUCAACCUUGAAUUUUAUUACAGUAUUUUAUUUUUCAACUUUGGCAGGAACUUUUGAAUCUGAUAGAUAUAUAUAAAUUUAUUGUUAUUUAUUUUAUGUUAAAUGUAGUGUUGCUGUUUCUUAAUGAUAUUCAGCCAGGCAUGACUGUCUCGGUUAGUGACAGUGAUCUAAGGUGUUGCAAAUCUCAGUAUAGAUUUGUCUCCCUUUGCCAUCCCAGGAUCCAUAGACUUGAUCCCGAAUUCUUCCUGAUUAUGGUCCUUGGUCUUCAGCAACAUACCUGUGCCCUUUGGUAAAUAACCUGCAUCACUUUUGGCCUUCUUCCAACAUUAAGCUGACAUUCACCCUUAUUACUGAUAUGUUGUUUAAAACAGAGAUAAACCUCACCCUCUCACUUAAAAGUGUGUCACCAGUGCAUCAGAGGAAGUCCAGAGUUCCCAGUGUUAUCUGUCCCGUCUAGUCCAUGAUGCUUCAGUGUGUCAUUUCAUCAAUAGCCCAUCGUUGUAUUCUGCUUGUUCAAUCAUCCCCUACUGCUUGUGAGUCAUCAUGUACAAGAUGUACACUAUGUCCAUGUAUACUAUAUUGCUUGUUAAGUGGUUGCUUUGUUUGUAAUAAUGCCAUUUAUAUCUUGAUAUAUUAUAUUGUUUGUGUAUGUGCUUCUGUUAUUGGAACAUCUGUGUAAUACGUCUAGCCAUUUAUUGGAUUUCUUCUUGGAGUAUUUAAAAAAAAUUGCUUAUUGAAACACAUACUAAUUAUUCAAGAAUAUUUGAAUGAAUUUCACCAUUGUUUCAUUGUUAUGAUAACAUACAUCAUUAAUGUUUUUCGAACUUGAUGAAAUUUCGAUAAGAAUUAGUAUUUGAAAGUAACACAAACAGAAGAGUAGUAGCAACAGUAGAAUUCCUCAUUCUUGUGACAAGACACUCAACAUUAGCAAAGGGUGUCUUUUGUACCUCCUCCGUGCCCCCAUCGGGAUAGGAUACAAGGUACACAAAACACUGGGGAUAAGUGGGACACAUGCCUUCAGUAAUAAUGUUAUCCACCAGUUCAGAGUAUGUCCUUCUGUAUGGACCAUGUUGUCCUCCAGUUUAGAGAAUGGCCUUCGGUAAUAUUGUUAUCCACCAGUUCAGAGAAUGGCCUUGUCUAUGGACCAUGUUGUUCACCAGUUCAGAGAAUGGCCUUGUCUAUGGACCAUGUUGUUCACCAGUUCAGAGAAUGGCCUUCUGUAUGACAAUGUUGUCCUCCAGUUUAGAGAAUGUCCUUGUCUAUGGACCAUGUUGUUCACCAGUUCAGAGAAUGGCCUUGUCUAUGGACCAAGUUGUUCACCAGUUCAGAGAAUGGCCUUGUCUAUGGACCAUGUUGUUCACCAGUUCAGAGAAUGUCCUUCUGUAUUGACGAUGUUGUCCACCAACGGACGUGAAGUUCUUUAGUAUGGACCAUGUUGUCCACCAACAGAGGUGCAGUCCUUCAGUAUGGACGAUGUUGUCCACCAGGUCAGAGAAUGUCCAUCUGUAUGGACGAAGUUGUCCAACAACAGAGGUGAAGUUCUUCAGUAUGGACGAUGCUGUCCACCAACAGAGGUGAAGUUCUACUGUGUGGGCAAUGUUGUCCACCAGUUCAGAGUAUGUUGGUCACAUCGUUACCUUUGUAAGACUGUGUAAGUCUCAUCCAAGACAACUCCUUCCUCUGAUAACAAUAUUGCCUUCCAGUUGCAGUGGUGUUUAUGAUGUUGUCUCCUAGAGAAAUGAUGUUGUGCACCAGUGGUGAUGAUGUUCCUUCAUGGAGACAAUGGCUGUCUUUACAGUCACUGCCUGAUGAGGAUUUCCGAAUGGGUAUACGGUGGUCCUUCAGUUAGAAGACAUUUCUUUCAGUGGAAUUAUGUUCAUUAGCUGAGGGGCCAUUUUCUUCCAGCAGAGAUGAUGUUGUCCUGUGAUGAUGAUGCGAUGUAGGGGGAUGUUGUCCUGCCAGCAGUGGUGAUGUUACCGUGGUGAUGACCUGGCAAGGAGAUGCUGUCCUCAGUGUUUGUCAGCCUGUAUGUCUGUAAUUAGAUGAUGAUGAUGAUGAUGAUGUUUGUUGUUUAACGCCACACUCAGCAAUAUUCCAGCUAUAUGAUGGCAGUCUGUAAAUAGAGUCUGGACCAGACAAUCCAGUGAUUGACAUCAUGAGCAUCGAUCCACAUAAUUGGGAUACGAUGACAUGCAUCAGCCAAGUCAGUGAGCCUGACCACCCGAUCCCGUUAGUCGCCUCUUACGACAAGCAUAGUCGCCUUUCACGGCAAGCAUGGGUUGCUGAAGACCUAUUCUACCCCGGAUCUUCACGGGUCUGUCUGUAAUUUGAUGUCAUGUGAACCAAGCACAGAUGUGAUGAGACCUGUCCUGCCACGCCCACCUACUCCGGAUGGGAUGGAAGAACAUGUGUGUGUAGCUUGUGUGUUAUGUGUGAACUUCCUAUAGCUCUACACCAAUGAUACAUGUCCUUCAUUUUAUAUAUACAUACAUAUAUCUAUUGCUACUGGUCAAGUGAUAGAAUUAAUUUAUGUUUGGAAAUUUCUGUAUUCAGUAGAAAAGUUAAAUAGAAGUUGUGUGUCUUUGAAUGAGGAGUGAUUAUAGGGCAAGUUUAGCUACAACCAAAUAUUUAGUGCUAAUCUGUAUAUGGUUUAGGUUUUUGUCUGUUGUCUGUCUCAAGGUUUGAAUUAAUUUGACUUCAUUUUGAUAAGCACAAGCGCACUUGAUCAUUGCCUAAACUUUCUUUCUGUCUUCCAACUAACAGAAAAAAAUAUUAUGGUUUUUCGAAAUGAAAUGAAAUCUUAACUUUUCAACCUGGUCACUUUUGAAAAUAACAACUGAUAAUGUAGCAUAAACAAUCUGAAUUUUGAAAACUAGAAUAACAUAAGGACUUUGCAUAGGAAGACUACGGAGUGUUACAGGGUAUGAGAUUGCUGCCUCGGCAAUGGCGGAGAUGUUGUCAGAUUGUUGUAAGUUGCGAUGUUGUUACGAUGUUGCCAGAGACACCUCUGUGACUAACUAGGGCUGGAUUUCUGCUGUCAAGCAGGACAAGGGAACAAUGACAAGGUUAUGGUGGCCAUAUUGGAUUCCAAGUCGAAUCCUUUGGGUAUUGAAUGCCAGUCAGGUUGUGAUGUGGUCGAUGACAUUGAUAGUUCAUUAUGAGCGGAGAUCAUUCCAUAGUUUCCAAAUGAGUUUAAUGUAUGUAUGUGUGCUUCUAUACCCCUGAAUCUCAGCUUUUAGCAUAUCAUUGCCUAGAAUUGCCCUACUACAUGCUUCCAAUGUAAACAAGAGUGAGUGUGCGAGCUACAAUAAUGGUGAUUCUGCCUGUGUAAUGAUAGCCUUAUAGAAACAGGGUGUAUACAGUUAAUAAGUACUUCCUCAGUUUAUCUGGCCUCCUUAAAUAAGUGCAUCCCUAAUCAUCGUCUCAAUCAAAACACUGUCCCAUGAGAUAAUAACAGCAAAUUCUUGUGAAUUUAGGCACAUUUUACAUUUACGAGACAUGAUUCAAUGAGCAUCAAUUUGAUAAAUAUUUCAUAAACAAUGAUUUAAAAUUUAAAAUCUGUUAGUUUGAAACGAAAGGAUGCAGUGGUAAAUGCAUUGAGACUAGAAUAGUAUAUGAAAUUUGCUCUUAUUUAACAUCCUAUGUGAUAAGCUGUAUAUUUAGAAAACCAUCCAACCAUCACUCUCUCACCAUCAUGAACUAACAAACAAAGGAUAUUCCUUCCCAAACACAUUGUCAUGAUGUAGGAAAGAUUACACUGUGCUAAGGUAAAUUGGCCAGGAUAUGUUGGUCCAUAAUGCAGUGCCAGGAUAUAUUGGUCCAUAACGCAGUGCCAGGAUAUAUUGGUACAUAACGCAGUGCCAGGAUAUGUUGGUCCAUAACGCAGUGCCAGGAUAUGUUGGUCCAUAACGCAGUGCCAGGAUAUGUUGGUCCAUAACGCAGUGCCAGGAUAUGUUGUUCCAUAACGCAGUGCCAGGAUAUAUUGGUCCAUAACGCAGUGCCAGGAUAUGUUGGUCCAUAAUGCAGUGCCAGGAUAUAUUGGUCCAUAACGCAGUGCCAGGAUAUGUUGGUCUGAAGCAGUGUCUAGGAGGUGCAUGAGCCUGUGAUUCAUCAUACUGACAGGAUGUAUUAGUUCAUAACACUAUGGCAGUCUGUGUUGGCCUUGUGACGCAUAUGGUAGCACUAUGUGACUAUAUUUUCCUAUCACCGAGAACUAUGUGUGGAUAUAUUUCCUGAUCAGUAUGUGGGAAUAUGUCCAUUAUCUUGGCAGUAUGCGAGGAAAGCUCUAUAUGUCUACCGUGUGAGGA